CGCCUGAGAUUGACGUGGCGCCAUUUUCUGGGGGUAUAUGUUGGGAGGUCGGCUGCGGCAGCGGCGGUUUUUCUCUCUGCGCUCUCUGCUCUGCAAUGGACGGCAUUGUCCAAGAUAUAACAGUUGGUACAAAGCGGGGGUCUGACGAGCUUCUAUCUGCUUGUGCUACUAACGGUCCCUAUAUCAUGAGCAAUUCUACUCCCUCUGGUGAGUACACCAAUGGCAAUGACAGCAAAAAGUUCAAAGGAGAGAAUAGAAUUUCGGGAAUAAUGCCUUCCAGAGUCAUCCAUAUCCGUAAACUUCCCAACGAUGUAACUGAAGCAGAGGUCAUCUCCCUGGGCUUGCCUUUCGGAAAAGUAACAAAUCUUCUCAUGUUAAAAGGCAAAAACCAGGCUUUUAUUGAAAUGAAUACGGAAGAAGCUGCUAACACAAUGGUGAGCUACUAUGGGACUGUCACUCCAUACCUGAGGAGUCAUCCUGUCUACAUCCAGUACUCUAACCACAAGGAACUGAAAACUGACAAUUCUCCCAAUCAGGCUAGAGCACAAGCUGCUCUUCAGGCAGUAAAUGCAGUACAGAGUGCAAAUAUGGCGAUCGCUGGAACUGGUGUCCCAGAUACUGCUGUCAAUCUCGCUGGCCAGAGCCCCGUUCUUCGAAUCAUUGUGGAAAAUCUCUUCUAUCCAGUUACUCUUGAUGUUUUGCACCAGAUUUUUUCCAAGUUUGGCACUGUGUUGAAGAUCAUUACCUUCACAAAGAAUAACCAGUUCCAGGCCUUGCUCCAAUAUGCUGAUGGUUCCUGUGCACAACAUGCUAAACUGGCUUUGGAUGGACAGAACAUCUAUAAUGCCUGCUGCACUCUGCGCAUUGACUUCUCUAAGCUGACGAGCCUUAAUGUUAAGUACAAUAAUGACAAAAGUAGAGACUACACACGUCCUGACUUGCCAUCUGGUGACAGCCAGCCAACCUUAGACCAAACCAUGGCCGCUUUUGGUAAGGAAGCCUCCCUACUAGGUGCACCAGGUAUCAUCUCCUCGCCUUAUGGAGGUGGAACUGGUUUUCCUCCUGGUAUUGCCUUCCAGCAAGCCGGUUUGUCUGUCCCAGGGGUUCACGGGGCCUUGGCUCCACUCGGCAUGCCGUCAGCAGCUGCCGCAGCUGCAGCAGCAGCAAGUCGUAUGGGGAUUCCAGGCUUUGCCUCUGCAGCCAAUGCUGUCCUGCUGGUCAGCAAUCUGAAUCCUGAGAGAGUUACGCCCCAAUGCCUCUUUAUUCUUUUCGGAGUGUAUGGUGAUGUGCAGCGUGUGAAGAUACUCUUCAACAAGAAAGAAAAUGCCUUGGUUCAAAUGUUUGAUUGUACUCAAGCACAGUUGGCUAUGAGCCACUUAAAUGGUCAAAGGCUUCAUGGGAAGGCUAUGCGUGUGACCAUGUCCAAGCACCAGACUGUACAGCUUCCCCGUGAGGGCCAGGAGGACCAGGGACUGACUAAGGACUACAGCAGUUCACCUCUGCAUCGUUUCAAGAAACCUGGAUCAAAAAAUUUCCAGAACAUCUUCCCUCCUUCUGCCACCCUUCAUCUCUCCAAUAUUCCACCUUCAGUUACUGAAGAAGAUCUGAAGAUGCUCUUCUCAAGCACAACAGGCAUGGUCAAAGCAUUCAAGUUCUUCCAGAAAGAUCGCAAGAUGGCUCUCAUUCAGAUGAGUUCAGUGGAAGAGGCAAUCCAAGCUCUUAUUGAUCUUCAUAAUCAUGAUCUUGGGGAAAAUCACCACCUCAGAGUUUCUUUCUCCAAGUCAACUAUUUGAAGUCCUGAUGUGGACUCUCCUGGAGUCCAGUUUGGCCUAUGGGCACAAUGAUUCUCUUUAUUCCAGAGACACCACUAGACCUCAGAGCAGCUGCAAAGCUGAAAAUUUACCCAAAAGUGACCACAGUUCUUUAUUUUUGAGAAAAGUUUGCAAGUUUACUGCAAUGACAUCCUGUUUUUUUGGUAGCAGUGCUGCCCGUCCCAGUUAGUUUAUCACUGAUUGGCUUUUGCUAAUGUUACUUUUAACAUCUGAAAUUCUUCCAAAAGUUUACAAAAUGCAUAUAUUUCUCUUUGGAUUACCCAACGCUGCACCUAAUUUCAGGUUGUAUAAUAAACCUUUUUGAUUUUUUUUAAUCACCCUCACUCCCUUUCCCCUUGGGUAUCCAUACCACUAUAAUACAGAAGUGUGGAUAAUUUAAGCAUAUUUUUCAUUUAAAUGAUUAUUCUGUGCCUUAAUGUCUUAAUGAAACAAGGGCCAUCUUAAAAUUGUAAGUCUGUUUCUGGUUAGAUACUUCAGAGUUUGUACAAGCGAUGCUUGCUGCCUGUUUACUCUCAACAAUUGCCAUUACCCAAAUGACAAGGGGAGGGUGGGAAGAAGCUGUAGGUUUGAACUGUAUUAGCCUUAAGUCAACCAUUGUAUCCAAAGUUCCUAAUUUGCAGUCCUGUCCAUCCCACCUCGGGUAUGUUGAGUAUGUUUAACUGAAGCAGUGUAGGUGUGGGAGAUGCUACAGGCUGAGCUGUAUUUCUCAACUGGCAAGAUUCUUUUGUUCAGUAAUUUUAGUUUGAAAGCUGUCACUUUUUCAGAAAAGAAUGAUCUGUUUACGUUCUGUUGGAUGUCACUGAAACUGUAGAUUAAAGGCACACAGCAAGUCAUUGGAUGGAUGUUAAAGGCAGCUAUUUGCCCAUCCCAUGUGCCCACGGUAGGGAUGUAGCCUCCAUACAGAAGCUCUUGAUUGUCUCAGUAAUCCUAGUUGGUGGUGACCUCCGUGGAGAAAAUUAUAUUCUGCUUUGCAUAGAAAAAUACCCAACUGGUAACCAGGAACAGUCCCAAUUUUGAAUGGCCUAAGCUUGUUGCCUUCUAUAUUCAAUAUCUAUCUGUAUUUUAUAGUUGGGGUGCGUUUUAUUAUCUUAAUCCAUAGAAUGUGUAUUUUCUACCUUGUAUCUUAGAUUUUUUUAUUUUAAUCAUUUUUGAGCUGAAAUCUCUGCUCUUUACACCUGCGUUAAGUGAGCAAACCUGGUGUGAUGUCAGUUUUCUGCGGUGUGCUCUGGCACCUGCUGAUUCAUUUGUGAGCAGCUGAAAUGCUGACAUGGUGUGCAGUUUUUUGUUGUAUUUGGUAAAUUGCUUUCAUUUUAUUUUUUGCUCUUUCUUUGAUCAAUCUAUCUUUUUUGCUACCCAAUAUUUCAUUCCAUUUUUAUCUUGCAUUGUUCCCUUAUGCAUGAAUACAGCAUCGUCAAAGAGGUUCCUAUUACUAGCUGCUCACUACAGUACCCGAGUCAGCUGGUGCACAAGCUGGCUGUUGGCCUCCUUGCGCAUUGGUUUUGGCUUCAUACUGUUGUUGUGCACGUAGUAACUACUUCUGAGUACAAUCAAACACUUGUUACCCAGAGUUUCCUUCAGGUUACUAACAAAGUAAAGCCAGUGGGGAGGGUGGCUGCUUCCCUGAAUGGUGGUGUGGGGUAGCUCGGAGGAUAUUCCAUUCGCUAAUCUAGACAACUGACCAUUGGUCUCCCAAUGAGUUCUCAAACUGUCUGCAAGACUUUGACUUUUGUUGAGAUUCGUUUUGCAAAUCUGGCUUGGUUUGACCUGGGAAUUGCAGGCCUGUAAGGUUGAAUCUGUGAGCCUUGUCACAGCAGUGCUACCACAUUGAAGCGCUACAACACUUUGCUACAGUUUUUUUAUUUUUGGACGGUUAAGGACUUCGCUUGUUUAACUUGGCAUGGGGGGAAUGGAUUUUGUAGCAUUUUCAAGCCCUUUUGGAAUGUACUGAAUCCUAACACUUCUAUUGAAAUGGUCAUGGUCUUAAGUCAUCCAUUACUGAAAACGGGUUUCUUAGCACUUGGAUUAAAAUGACCUGUAACCCAGUCAUUGUUUUCCUGUUGUCAAAAUGUAACUCUCUGUUUUCCUUGUAUUAGUGAAGAGGAAACUUCAAAUCCAAACAUUCCAUAAUAUGGGCAAAAUGCUGGAGUCAUAACGUGAACAUUUGUGCUUUGGACUGAUUCUGUGUAUGAAUGCUCAUUAAUGACCAUAUUCAUCUUGUGCCUAAACUAUUUAAUGAGCAAUAGUUUACUUGAAGGAAAGAUUGUUCAGUGACACAUGUCAACUGCUUAAUGGAUUUUUAGGGUUUUGUUUUCAGGGUUUCAUGGACCAAAGUUGUUGUGCCUUCUGAAGUCUUAGUUCUUCACAUUUUACAAUUCCUCCUCUAGCCCUCAAAAAUGAUUGUAAUAUUGCAUUGUGCACCUAGAAUGGUGGCUGUAUGUUUAGUGGAUUCAAUCUUUGUUCUUGGUUUUUAUGCUGUUUACUUGAUGUAUACAGCUUUCAGACAGAAAUACACCACCACUAUCUUUGUCCUUGGUUUCCUUAAAGAAAUAUUCCCUCUUUUCAGCUGUAAAGAAUGUUUGAAAAAGGUGUAAAUAUUCAUAACUUUUUUUUACCUAGAGAGGCUAAGGGGAACAAAACCGGUUUUUAUAUGGAAGCAUUGUCUUGUAUAUUUUGAUUAAAAAAAAAACAGCUGUCAGGUUUCAUAUGUAAAAGGGUUUUUCAGAAAACAAUUCCUCUUCUAUUGAGAAGAAAUGUUUGUAAUGCAAAGAAGAUUAAAAUAAUUUUCUAAUGAAUUUGUAGCUGUAUGAAUGCAUUCACCAGUGUACACCGUUUCAGAUUAUGCAAUUUUCUUUUACUACCAUUAACAGCUCUGGCCAAUGUAGUACUUGCUUCUUCAAUAAACUGCUUCAUUCUUUAUUUUUCUGA